AUGCUUAAAUAUCAAGUGAGAGCAGUUAGUCGACCAUCAGCAUACGGUAGUCCAUCAUCGUCAACUCAUGACACCACUCUGACGAGCAGAAGCAAUUCAUUGGCAUCGUUAAGCUCGGUGGAUAGUGCAAACUCAGAUGGUGACUGGGGAACACUGCGCGUCUACACGAAUAAUGUGAAGGCAUGCACCGAUUACAAGACUAUUCGCUUGUCUACUCAGUGCACGUCGCGUUCAGUAAUCGAUACUGUACUCAGCAAAUUCAAGAUUUCGUGUCGGGAUACGAAUCUGUUCGAGUUGUGGAUGGAGGAACCGUCCAAAGUAAAUUACGGAACGCUUAUUCACCACCAUCAAAAUGCCGAAUCGACUACUUUUCCUUACAGGUGUCAUCCAGCGAAUAUGUCACGAUUUAUACUUCAUAUGACGUCCGAUGGCACACUUGUGAGAAUCUAUGACCACAAUAUCUCACCACAGUCAAACUACAAAUCGCUUCUUUUGGCCAAGGAGACGUCGUGCCGUGAAGCAAUCGCCAUCGUGAUGAGCUUGAACCGCAAAGAAUUCGAUGCCGAAUACGCUCUGUUCCUAACCGCUCCUGAAGGAGAGGCACAAAUCCCGUACUGGUGGUCUUCGAUAUGUAAUGAAAGGGAAACGAUUUUUGUACUUUUUCACCAAUGUCAUAUUUUGGUUCAUAGUUAA